UUUAAAAAUUAAAAAUACUAAAAAUGCAAUUAACUUUAAAAAAGAAAUGAAGUGGGGGUUAAAAGGAAGCAUUUGCAGAGGGAAACGCAGAACGGAGCGUUGAAUCGGAAGUUUGGGCAGUCAGAAAAAAAUGGAAGAAAUAGAAGCUAAGGCGGAGCAACAGCUUGUGGCUAACUCAGGGAUUCCGAUAUCGGAAUCGGAUCCUAAUCCACCUUCCGCGUGUCAGUCAUCGGUAACUGAUCCCGCCGAAGGAGUCGUUGCCGAAUCGGGAUCGGAAUCUCCGGCGAACCGUACCGAUAUUUUCAGAGCCGUCGAAGUCGUAGAGAGGGACUCUAUCGCCAUCGCCGAGAGCUUCUCUUCUCUCUUCGAUUCCCUUCGCUUGGUUCUUUCCGAGGUUACAAGCAACUCGGUCGAUCACAUGCAUUGUUUCAGUGAUGCUGCAGGCCGUCUUCAAGAAUCGGUACUUGAUGCUGCAACGAAGGGAAAUCGAUAUAUAAAUUCAUGUCUCAGAUUAAAUCAGGAGAUGAAAGGCAUGGAUAGUCUAGCCACACAGCUAAAAAUCUUGAGGAGAAAUGUUGAUGCUCUGGAUGUAGCGGUGAACAAGCUCCUCCAUAUUCCGUGACAAAAAAUCCUGCUUGACUUGACUGAAAAGAAUUCGUUAUGGAAACCCUUCUUUCAAAAAUGUCUGCAUUUUAUCCACGGUUUCAUUUGCUGAAUCAUCGCGCUCAUUUGGUGAACUACAGCCUUUUUGAUAAGCCAGCGUUAAACCAAGCUCGAUGGAGGUCUCACCUUAAGAUUUAUACAUAUACAUUCAUGGACUUAAAACUAAGCUCGAUAGAGGUCUCAUCUUAAGAUUCUUACAUGUAUAUUCAUGGACUUAUUUAGUUUCCAUUGUACUGAACAUUAAACUGAUUAUCAAUCGAAUUCACAAUUACCACCAA